CCGAGGCUCAGCGCUUGCCCUGUGAUUGGCUGGCUCUAGGUGGAGGCUUCCUGUGGCCGCCAUCUUGCUGUCAGAGUGUGCGGAAGCCGCUCCCAGAUCAGUCAUGGCGGCUCGACUCCCGGCCUGUGUGGUGGACUGCGGAACCGGAUACACGAAGCUCGGCUACGCUGGGAACACAGAACCGCAAUUCAUCAUCCCGUCAUGUAUUGCCAUCAAGGAGUCUGCAAAAGUUGGGGAUCAAGCUCAGAGACGUCUCAUGAAGGGUGUGGAUGACCUGGACUUCUUCAUUGGUGAUGAAGCCAUAGACAAGCCGACAUACGCCACCAAGUGGCCGAUCCGUCAUGGCAUUGUGGAGGACUGGGACCUGAUGGAGCGCUUCAUGGAGCAAGUCAUAUUCAAGUACCUCCGAGCAGAACCUGAGGAUCAUUACUUCCUCCUGACCGAGCCGCCUCUCAAUACCCCGGAGAACAGAGAGUACACGGCUGAGAUCAUGUUUGAGUCCUUCAAUGUUCCCGGACUAUACAUA